CUUGUUCAGAAAUUCUGGACAACUUCUUGUUGGAAGAGAUCUUUCAUCUUCUUUCUCCGUUAUAUUGCUAGAUCUUCACUUUGGUAUAGUUCUCUUCUCAUCUAAAUCUAUAGUAUAGAUGCUAUGAUAGGAUUUUAUUUUGAAAGAUCCUUGUUUUACUUUAUUUAUUUGAUGAUCCUUGUUUGAUCUCAUGAUUUUUCAUGUCUUUAUAUAUAUAUAUAUAUAUAUAUGGAGAAGGAUAGAUGCCAUGGUAGGGUUUUAUCUUGAAAGAUUCUUCGAUUCAACAAGGUGAUGUGUAUGUUAAAAAGCUCCGGGAGAGAGGGCUGUCUCUGAGGUGGUCUGUCUUCCAACAUGGAUCGGAACCUGCCGCUAGAUGUAAUACUGGAAAUUCUUGGGCGCAGUUCUAUUGAGGAAGCAGCAAAAACAAGCAUCUUGUCCGGAAACCCGAUUUAUGUUAAAAAUUGGUCUCGAAAUACAGUCGUCAUUGUUGACAGCAACUUCUGGGAGGAGCAUUCGACAAGGAAUCAACUAGACCCAGGGGCAGUUGCAGAGAUAGUCUCCGGAAUUCUAUAUAAUCACAAAGGUCCCAUUCGAAAGCUUAUUCUCUGCAUUCCGCAAUGUCUUGUGGAAGUCGUUCCGGUCAUACGAUAUGACUGGGUCCGACAUAUAAAUAAGUGGUUGUUUUCACUACAUUGGAACGAUAUCGACGAAAUCAUCUUGUAUAAUUACAAUGAUGAGACAUACAAGAUCAGUUUUCUAUAUGCGUUGGUAAAUUUGACAAGUUUGGUUCUUGGUAAUUGUAUAUUCUACCAACCAUUUGGAGGCUUUCGGAAUCUCCAUUGCAUUCGUCUUGACAACAUAGAUUUUGGCUCGGAGAUAGUUGGUACUGUUACCUACAAUUUCCCAAAUCUUACCUUUUUCAAGGCUGUAAACUGCUCUGGCUUUAGACAUUUGAAAAUCGAGGCUCCAAACCUUGAGAGGUUUAAUGUUUGUGCCACCAACGGUGAUGAAACGACUAUGUAUAAAUCGGGUCAAAUAGGUUUAAAGCGGGACACCAAAUCGGUGAAGGGGGUGGUGGUUUUUGAUGAGGGACUUGUCUAUCUAAUCGGGUUAAGUAUCCUUCGUCGGCCCCAAAAAGAAGAAACUUGCCCAGAACUUGAACCAAACUCACGGAAGUGGUCUAGACGUUUUCCCAGUAGGAAAAUGAUACGUUUUAGAAUGUUGAAUAAGGUUUUUUUUGGUUUUCUUAGUUUUUUUCUCCUUUUUUCUGUUUUUGAAAAUAAAUGAGGACAAAUUACAUAUA